CUCCGGUGACCCGAGAAUUUCCCGAUUUGACCCGUGCAGCCGGCAGCAAAUCUCUGUAUUCGCACCCGAAACUCGCAAAAACCCAAACCAGGCAUCCCACAGCCACGCCUCGCGAAGCCGCCUGCAAAACGAGGGCCGUCACGCGCAGUAAAAGGCAAAAAACCUCUUGCUGCCAAAACGCAACAAAAGCGAGCGCGGCACGCAGCGCUGACACCUACAAACGCGUGGCACAGCGCGCGGCAAGCCUCCUUACGCGACCGGCGCGACGCCGGCCUCGCGCUCUCUUUCGUGCGACGCAGACCUCUGUCGUCAACACCGACGCCAGAACAGCAUCCCGCAAAAAUGCACCGCCUCGCUGUGAGACGACUCUCCGUCAACGCCUUCCCCAAACGCCCCGGCGCGAACUUCAUCCCGCUCACGCCGUUGGCGUUCAUCGACCGCGCUAGGCAUGUCUUCGCCGACGGCCCCGCGGUCGUCCACUGUGUGGAAAUCAACCAGUGCGUCGGGUGCCGGCGAUGAUGCGGCCGUCCUGGCUCGGUCGAGCGGUGAGGAACCGGCAUCGCCGCCAUCGAGCAGGCGUCGCGUCGAUGGCGUGGAGGACGACGCGAUGAUUCAGCGCGAACGCGCCGUAAAGUUUGAUUUCAACACAGGUCGUCGACGGCGACCGCACGCGGACGUGGGCGGAGCUCUACGACCGCUGCGCGCGGCUCGGCGACGCCCUCCGCAAGCAGGGCUGCGGGCGCGGCGACGUCGUGCAGUGCAUGCUCGACAACACGGCCGAGAUGGUCGAGGCCCAACAAGGCGUCGCGAUGUCGGGCGCGACGCUCGGCAGCGUGAACACGCGCCUCGACGCCGCGACGGUCGCGUACGUCCUCGAGCACAGCGACGCGCGCUUAUUUAUAGCCGACGAGCGCUACGAGGCGACGUGCCGCGAGGCGCUCGCGACGCUCGAGAACCCGCCGCCCCUGGUCGUCGUCGGCGGCCGCGCCGACGGCUACGAGGCGCUCGUCGCGAGCGGCGACGCGGCGGCGCCGUGGACGCCACCCGAGGACGAGUGGGACGCGCUCGCGCUCAACUACACGUCGGGGACUGUGUGGAAAUCAAAUUUACGCUUCACGCCAUCGACGCGACGCCUGCUCGAUGGCGUGGCGACGUCGGUUCCUCACCGCGCGACGGAGCCAGCGCGGCCAUGUCAUCGUGCACCCAAUACACUGGUUGAUUUCCACACAGGUCGGGGACGACCGGAAGACCAAAGGGCGUCGUCGUGCACCACCGGGGCGCCUACGUCCAGGCCCUCUCGAACGCGAUCGACUUUGGGGGCCUGCCGGCCGACGGCGGCACGCGCUACCUCUGGACGCUGCCCAUGUUCCACUGUACUGUGCCCGUGUGCGAAAGAAUCGCGGCGAUGGCGUGCUAAUGGCGUACAACGCACAGGCAACGGCUGGGGCUUCCCGAGCACGCUCGCGGCCGUCGGCGGCACGAACGUCUGCCUCCGCGACGUGACGGUCGACGGCAUCGCGCACGCCUUCGCCGAGCAGGGCGUGACGCACCUCUGCGGCGCGCCGAUCGUCGUGAACCUCGCGAUCCAGGCCAUGGAGCGGGCGGCGCCGGGGCGUAGAAUAAGGAUGAUGACCGCGGGCGCGGCGCCCGCGGCGGCGACGCUGCGGCGCGCGGCCGCCGCGGGGUUAGACGUCACGCACGUCUACGGCAUGACCGAGACGUUCGGCCCGGCCGCGGUUUGUGAAAAGCGGUCGACGUGGCCCGCUUCUGACAUCCCGGCGAAGACGGCGCGCCAGGGCGUCGCGCACGCCGCGGGCGGACGAUUGGACGUCGUCGAUCCUGACACGGGCGCGCCGGUGCCGCGCGAUGGGCAAACGAUGGGCGAGGUCGUCUUCGGCGGCAACGUCGUGAUGAAGGGCUACCUCAAGGACGAGGCGGCGACGGCUGCCGCAUUUAAGCUGGGCGCGCUGGCGUCGGGCGACCUCGCCGUGAAGGACGAGGACGGCUACGUCGCGAUCCGCGACCGGUCCAAGGACCUGAUUAUCUCGGGCGGCGAGAACGUGUCCUCACUCAGCGUCGAGGCGGCGCUCAUGGAGCACGACGCCGUCGCGUUGUGCGCCGUCGUCGCGCGGCCCGACGAGAAGUGGGGCGAGACGCCCUGCGCCUUCGUCGAAACGACGGAGGACGUCGACGCGGCCGAGCUCCUCGCCUUCGCGAAGGCGCGGCUGCCCAAGUUCGCGGCGCCGAAGACCGUGGUUUUUGGAGAGCUGCCUCGGACAUCGACAGGGAAGAUCCAGAAGUUCGUCCUGCGCGAGCGGGCGCGCGAGCUGUAGGUCCGACGUCCAGCGCACGCGGAGGGGACCCGCGCGGAAUCCGUUUUGUAAUGAUGUGAUAAAAACACGCGUG